UGUACCAAUAACUGGCCAUCUGAUGUUCUUAGAGACGUUGGAAAUAGUCAAGUUCACCAUCAUAUUAUUAAAAGCACUUUGGAUUUGAUUCCAAUCAAGACAUUAUUUGUUGUGGAAGAUUUUCAUAUCAUAAUAAACAAUUGA